AUCCUUUCCUCUUGCUGCUCUUAUUCGUCGAAUUCCGAGGGCUCGUCGUUCCGGUCGCCGCAGGUUGCUCGGACGCCACGAACGAACUUAUCCGUUUCAAUGCCAAAGCAAGUGUUUCCUCGGACAUGUUGGCGAAGCAGAGUCUGAACCAGCCAGGUUCGGUGCAGUGGCAAGAUGAUCCGGGAGAGAUGUUGAGGCCCACUUGGUACACCAUCUUCUUCCACAGUUCCAUCUCCGCCUCGAAUGUGUUUGAGCUGAGGAGGUGUCUCAUGUCCACCCAGCAGAACAAUCCCGCGUUGCUCUCUAGGCACUCGAUCCCCGCUUCCCGGAGUCCGGCAACCAACAUCUCGUGCCUCUCCUUCAACCUCUUCUGGUUCUCCGACAAAUACUUCUUUGUGAAUUUCUUGUCGGAGAGCAUUNACUACAACUACACUGGAACGGUUAACUGUUCCAGCCUUGAUGACGAUCCUCAUGGCAUGAGUGGUUGGGACUGGCAGGCAUGCACUGAAAUGAUUAUGCCAAUGGCAAGUAACAAAAACACAAGUAUGUUCCCAGCGUUCGAGUAUGACUACAAGUCUGAUGAAGAGUAUUGCUACAAGAGUUACCAUGUCACUCCAAGGCCUACAUGGAUUACAACAGAGUUUGGUGGACAUGACAUCAAGACGGCUCUUGGGACUUUUGGUAGCAACAUCAUAUUCUCAAACGGUCUCUUAGACCCAUGGAGUGGUGGCAGCGUUCUAGAGAACAUAUCAGACACCAUUGUUGCUCUUGUUACUGAAAGAGGUGCCCAUCAUUUAGAUCUACGUGCAGCAACGGCUGAGGAUCCGGAUUGGCUGGUGGACCAAAGAGCAUCUGAAGUAAAGCUGAUCGAGGGCUGGUUGAACAGUUACUUUGAGUCUAAAAGGGUAAAUUUUCUUCGCUUACAAAGUGUCUAGCGGUCAGGUACAAGGAAACCGACUGAACCUAGCUAAGCUAGGUGGUGUGCUUGGAAAGAAGGGGCGAUGAGUGAAACCUCCAGCGACCCAACCCCUCUCGGUAACACUGUAAAUUUUGUACAUUUAGUACAAUUGUGUUAAGUACUUAUGUACGGAGUGUACCAUGCAUUACUCCGUAUUAUUUUAUGCAAACCGUUACUAGCUGUAUCUUUAAGCAUCACAUUUCAUGAAUUGUUUUUCAAUAGGCUAACACGUUUAUAGGUGUGAAACGUUUUUUAUUCCUAUAGGGGUAGCAAUAAAAACACACAAUAUUUUUAAUUUAUACUCAGGGUAUUCAUUUAUGUAAAAUGAAAGUACCAGCAACUA